AUUCUUUCUUUCUUUCUUUCUUUCUUUCUUUCUUUCUUUCUUUCAUCCAUCCAUGGCGGAAGAAACCCUCAAGACAGCUGCUGCACAAUCGCCUGAGGUUGCCGUUGUUUCCGAUGUUCCAGAGGCGGAGAAGGUUGAAGCCUGUGAGAAAGAAGCUGUGAAGGAUGUCGCCGUUGAAGAAGAGAAGGAGAAGGUUACGGCGUCGAUUUCAUUCAAGGAGGAAAGUAACGUUGUGGGUGAACUUCCUGAUCCACAGAAGAAGGCUUUGGAUGAACUCAAAUUGUUGGUUCAGGAAGCUCUUAAUAAACAUGAGUUUACUGCUCCACCUCCGCCACCGCCGGUUAAGGAGGAGGAGGAGGAGAAGAAACCCUCUUCCGCCGUUGAAGGUGGAGCUACUGUUCCAACGCCGGUGGUUGAAUCUGAAUGCAAAGAAGAGGAGAAGGUUACAGCGGUGGAGCCAUCGGUGAAGGAAGUGACGGAGGUGAUUGUGAAAGCCGAAUCUUGCAUCGAUGAAGACGGAGCAAAAAAGAUCGAAGCGAUUCAAGAAACAAUAGUAGCAGUCACCAUGCCUGCUGAGCCACCAAGGACAGAAGAAACAGCACCACCACCGUGCGCGGCGGAGGAAACACCCAUCUCACCAGAAGAAAUCUCCAUCUGGGGAAUCCCAUUACUCGCCGACGAACGUAGCGACGUUAUCCUCCUGAAAUUCCUCCGAGCACGAGACUUCAAGGUGAAAGACGCCUUCACGAUGCUUAAAAACGUAGUGGCAUGGCGGAAAGAGUUCGGAAUCGAAUCACUGCUCGAUGAAGAUCUGGGAAUAGAGCAAGAGAAGGUGGUUUAUAUGCAUGGAGUCGAUAAAGAAGGCCACCCAGUUUGCUAUAAUGCCUAUGGAGAAUAUCAGAACAAAGAACUCUAUCAAGAAACCUUCUCGGACGACGAGAAACGCAAAAAGUUUCUCCGGUGGAGAAUCCAGUUCCUUGAAAAGAGCAUCAGGAAGCUCGAUUUCAGUCCCGAUGGGAUUUCCACCAUUGUUCAAGUCAACGAUCUCAAAUAUUCUCCGGCACCCUUCAAGAAAGAACUCCGGCAAGUUCUUCAGUUGCUCCAAGACAACUACCCCGAAUUCGUCGCCAAACAGGUGUUCAUCAAUGUUCCAUGGUGGUAUCUGGCUUUCUACAAGAUGAUUAAUCCAUUCUUCACCCAAAGGACCAAAAGCAAGUUUGUGUUUGCUGGCCCUUCAAAGACCACUGAAACCCUCUUCAAAUACAUAGCACCUGAGCUGGUUCCAGUUCAAUAUGGUGGGCUUAGCAGGGAAGGUGAACAAGAAUUCACCACCACUGAUUCUAUCACAGAAGAGAUCAUCAAGCCUUCAUCUCAACACACAAUCGAGCUCCCUGCACCUGAGACAUGCACGUUGACAUGGGAGGCUCGAGUGGUGGGAUGCGAAGUGUCGUAUGGGGCUGAAUUUGUGCCAAAUGCAGAAGAUGGAUACACGAUUAUUGUUCAGAAAUCAAGAAAGAUUACAGGGAACGGUGCAGAAUCGGUGAUCAACGGGCGGUUCAAGUGCGGAGAAGCAGGGAAAGUGGUGCUUACAUUCUAUAAUCAAAGCUCCAAGAAGAAGAAGGUGUUGUACAGGUUGAAGAAGAAGACAUGUGAGUGAGAGUUGGUUUCAUAUUUCAUACAUUUAUAUUAUUGAAUUUAUAUUGUUCUUUUGGCUGAUGUGAUGUGAUGUGAUUUGUUUGGUUGUUUGAUUUGUGUUACAGUAGUAGUUUUAGCAUAUGUUCAUUGUUGGGAUUUUUGGACGACUUAUAUAUUUGAAUAUAUAUAGUAAUGGAUUGUGGGCAAAUAUUUUUUGAAUCCAUUUCGUUUAUGGAUUUGAAGUUUGUGU